UGGCGGUAAAUAUAAGAAUUUCUGUACAGCUGCUUGUCAGUCUUCGCUAAGAAAUGGCCAAUGAAUGAAUCGGGAUUUCAUAUCGUGAGAAUAAUAAUUUAAUUUAUUUGAAAUAGAUAGCAAGUUCUGUGACCAAAAAAUUUUGACGCAGUUUUGUAAUAGAGUUGUCAUGUCAGAAGAAACAAAUAUUCUUUAUUCAGAUAAAUAUUUUGAUGAUAAGUAUGAAUACAGACAUGUCAUGCUUCCUGCUGAUGUUGCAGAACUUGUUCCUCGAAAUCAUUUGAUGACAGAAACUGAAUGGCGUAAUCUUGGUGUUCAACAAUCUCCUUAUUGGACACAUUAUAUGGUUCAUUCACCAGUAAAGGAUGAAAAACUAACGAAAGAAAAGGAAAUUAAAGAUCUGGAGGAAAAGUGCCUUCAAAUGCAAGAAAAUACAUCAGUAAAAAAAAAUAUUUUUGGAAAUAAAACAACCUUACAGUACAGAAUACGUAACGACGCUUGA